GCCUUUGGCUUUAUUGGGAUUUUGGACAUUUUCGGGUUUGAGAAUUUCGAGGUGAAUCGAUACGAGCAGUUCAACAUCAACUUUGCCAACGAGAAACUUCAGGAGUACUUCAACAAACACAUAUUCUCUCUCGAGCAGCACGAAUACAGCAAGGAAGGUAUUGACUGGGCUGACAUUGAGUGGGUGGAUAACGCAGAGUGCCUGGACCUCAUCGAGAGAAAACUGGGUGUCCUUGAUCUAAUGGACGAGGAGAGCAGAUUCCCAAAAGGAACAGACAAAAGUUUGCUCGAAAAACUUCACGGAAACCACAAGGACAAUCCGUACUACGUGAAACCUAAAGUAAACAAUGCAAAGUUUGGCAUCAGGCACUACGCAGGGGAGGUGUUUUACGAUAUCAACGGCCUUCUCGAAAAGAACAGAGACACUUUUAGAGACGACAUCCUCAAGGUUUUGAAGGACAGCAGGUCAGAUUUUGUGUACGAUCUGUUUGAGCACCUGACCCCCGGGGAGGCGAGUGGUGGAGGAGGGAAGGCCGGGAAAGGCAUGGGGAGACAACACACCGUCAUCAAGAGAGGUGGCCGCUCCUCCAGGAAGAGAGCAACCGUCAGCUCACAGUUCAAGGAAUCGCUCCAUUCCCUGAUGAGCACGCUGGGUCAGGCCAAUCCUUACUUCAUCCGCUGCAUCAAGCCCAACCCUGACAAGGCCCCCAACUGCUUCGUGCCCGAUAUGGUCCUCAACCAACUCAAAUACUCUGGAAUGAUGGAGACUGUGAGGAUCCGCCGGUCAGGGUACCCUGUUCGUCGAGAGUUCAAAGAUUUUCUGUUUCGCUACGGAGUCCUCGGGAGGGAGGUGGGGAGAGGGCUGGACGACCGGGAGACCUGUGUGGGCAUCCUCAUGCAAUACGACGCCACCAAUAAGGACUGGCAGCUGGGAAAGACAAAGGUGUUCUAUAGGGAGAACUUGGAGAGAGUGAUAGAGAGAACGAGAGACAUUCAACUGAGGGCUGUGUGUCGCGUUAUCUACGGUGUGGUGUGCACUGUCAUUGCCAGACGAAGAUUUUUGAAGACCAAAGCAAAGAUCGUCAUUGUACAAAAGAUGGUCAAGAGGUUUUUGUGUGUACGAAGGUUCAUCAGAACACGAAAAGCGGUCGUCUGCAUGCAGAGGUUUGAACGAGGUCGUCAGGCGAGGAAACUGUAUGCCCGGCUACUGGAACAGAAGAGAAUCGAGGAACAACGCAGGAGAGAGGAAGAGAGACGACGGGAGGAGGAGAGACAGAGGGAGUUGGAGAGACAGCAGAGAGAACUGGAGAGGCUGGAGAUGGAGAAGAGAGAGCAAGAGGCUGCCGAGAUGAGGAAAAAGUUGGAGGAUGAGGAGGCAAGAAGACAGGAAAAAGAAGAGGCCAGAUUGAGGGCGGAGGAAGAGGAAAGGCUUGCAACCCUCGCCAAGAUACGAGAACUGGAAGAGGAGCACCAGAGACUGGAGGAGGGGAGGAGACGCAGGGCUGAGGCCGCGGCAGCCGCCCAGCGCGCCGAGGAGGAGGCCAGACUGAAAGAGAAGGAGACGGCCAAGAUGCAGGGAGAAGUCGAAGAGGCCUACGAGAUGCUCGGGAGUCUUGACAACGCCCUGAAGGCUUUCACUGGACGAUUCGGCCUUGAGGAGGGAGAGCAGGGUGAAAUGGAGAGUGACACUGAGGAAGACGACUUGGAGAGUGGGUUUGAAGAGAUGAAGUCGGGCGAAGACGAGUCGGAGGAAAGCCAGGAUCCUCACUCCAGCAAGUUCCGGGCCACCGGACAGCUCCUACUGCAGUAUGAGGAGGAGCCCAGUUUCGAGGGUUACCUCAUGUUCAAGGGAGGGAAGAGACAGGGCUGGACGAGACGCUGGGCCAUCAUCAAGGACGACGCCCUCAUGUUCUUUGAGAUGAAGCAAGACGCCAUAAAGCAGGGCUGGCUGCUCAAGAAGAGCAGUGGGACUGGUACCCUCGGGCGGCGCAACUGGAAGAGACGUUACUUUGCUCUGCGAGGAAAGACGAUUUACUACUAUUCUGAGAGUGACCUGUCGCAGGCGAAGCCUCAGGGAGCCAUCGACCUCAAGGACGUCACUGGUAUAAUAGAGGAGGGAGGAACGAGGGAGCAUGCAUUUGGACUGGUCACAGCCGAAAGAACCUUCCACCUCACUGCCGAGACCGCCAUGGACAAGAAGGAGUGGGUGGAGGUGAUACGACGCGUGCGGACAAUGCCGGAGCAGAAGGUGAAGAGUAUGUUGGCACAGGAGGUGGAUCCACGCAAGGCUCUCCUGACCCUGGACCUGGAGCUAAUAGAGUCCGUCACUGCCACCGACCAGGAAAAGAGACCAAAUGCAUUUGCAGUGAUCACACCAAGUAGAGUGUUUAACCUGAUCUCUGAAAGUUCAGCAGAAAUGCACAUGUGGAUUGGAGCUCUCUCUCCACGAAAGUUUACUCUUGGGAAGACGAUCUUCUACAGAAUGCUAGAGCCAAAGGCUGGCUGAUAAAGGAAGGGAAGAUGCGGAGGAAGCGGUACUUUGUCCUGACAGACAACAACCAGCUUCGCUACUACCGCACAGAGGACACCAGACAACCAGUCUCUGGAAACAUACACCUCAACAGUCUGUGUGCUGUUGAUGUCAACUGAUGAAACUGAAACAGCAGAAGCUCCACUAACCUUCAGUCUUCACGCCCGCAAGACCACUCUGAAACUGACGGCAAAGAAUGGCGAAGAAGCAGACGAAUGGAUUUUGGCCCUUCAGGAUGCCAUAGAUUCCUGUCCUCCUAUUCAAACUGUGACUGAAAGACUGGUACUAGAGAUGAUCAAGAAUGGCCACCAACCUGACUGGGAGAGGAUCUACAAGGUCCACAAGAUACUGUGUAGGAUCAACACCCCUAUCAAGGCCCCUCUCCUAGCUCUGCCCUAUGGAAAACCACCUCUUCCACCUGACAAGGAGGCUCAGUAUGGAACGAGACAUGCGGAGGCAGUCAAGAUCUUCAACAGUCUCCUGAGUCAGGACAGCCUGGCAGACCCCAUCAAACAAGUCCAGGAGAUCCUCCAGAAGUGUUUCGACAUGGAGGACCUCCAGUCGGAGGUCUUCUGUCAGCUCAUCAAGCAGACGGCCGGCGUGGCACAGGAAGAGGUCGACACUCCGGGGGUGCUCUCCAUAUGGCAGACUCUCAGCUCUAUGGCGUCUACUUUCAUCCCCGAGAGGGCUAUCAGGAGAUACCUCACCAUGCACAUCAAGAAAGUCAUAGAGCUUCACCCAGACACAGAAAUGGCCAAGUAUGCCACCUUCUGUCAAACGUCGCUAAAGAGGACUAAGAGAAGAGAUUUCGCACCAUCACGGAGUGAGGUGAUAGCUUGCUUGGGUCGCAGGGACAUGAAUACGGUUGUCGUCUCUUAUGGCAAUGCCCAGUGUCAGAUCAACAUUAACUCUUCCACAACUUGCGGAGAGGUUGUUAAGACGCUGACACUGGGUCUGAAAGUGAGCACUGAGAACAACAGAUUCGCUCUGUUUGAGCAGUGCAGCCACCAGUCAAAGGUCAUCGACGAUCGCACCAUUCUCGCUGACAUACUCGGCAAAUUUGAAGGGUACUACAAGGAGGAUCUGAGUAGGAUGAGACCAGGAGACCCAAUGCCAGAGAAAUGGAGGCUGUUCUUCAAGUUCUUUUGCUACUUGAAACCCCACAGCGUGCCCAGUGACAGCAUCGAGUCUGUCUUCCUCUAUGAGCAAUUCUGUAACGAUGUGGUGGUGGGGAUGUUCCCGGUGAGUCAGGAGAAACUACUCAAACUGGCUGCCCUCAGACUGCAGUAUCUCGAUGGGGACUGCACCCCCGGAUCCACCAUUCAAGAUGUGACAGAGGUGUACCCUAUAUCACGUAUAGAGCAGGAGGUUAGGGAACAGAAGGACAUGUUCGGUUCUCUGGAUCUUCACGAGACUUACUAUAAGGUCUGUCGGCCGUACUAUUAGUACUAUUACUACUGCUUCACUAUAAUUAUGAGGGUUCUAAGGGAGUAUAAAGGCAGUAGGGCCCAGUGCAAGGAUGCAAUUAAGUUCUGCUUUAAUGUAAUUUGAAACUGGCUCAUACCAGAAUAUAUAGCUGCCUGCGUAAGCAGUAUAAUGUCAGAUGUAUAAUUCUACCUAAUUGCCGUUGGUAUAGGACACACUCCGUCACAGUAAAGGGAUUGGUACACUGACAAAGAAGACAAAAGCUCCUCAGAUUACAGAAGAAGACAAGCUACGGGCUUCCAUAGAGGUCAAGAAGAAUGCAAUCAAGGCCUCGGUGGCUGACCUAUGGAGAAGACUGGAGGGGACAACUGCAAAUCAAGUGCAGCAGAAGUACCUGGAGAUCUUGUCAGAAUGUGCUGCGUUUGGCUCCACGUUCUUUGAGGCUGAGUACACUAACCGAGACCAGAGAUUCCCCAAGGAGCUCUGGCUAGUGGUGAACUGCAAGGGGGUCCAAAUUUACCAGAGGGGGGCCGUGGCUCCCAUACAGUCUUACUUGUAUGAGAAUAUUGUCAGCUUUGGAGCUCCGGUCUCCAAUGAAUAUAAACUGAUAGUUGAAGGACAGGCACCUAUAUCGAUCCAUACAAGUCAGGUGGCAGAGAUUGCUAAACUGAUGAAGGCCUACAUUCAGGCCGUAGUUGCACAUCAAUACUAGCCUGCUCUCACCGUAAACUAGUAACAAUUGUUAGCUGGCCUUUCAUCAAUUCACUCUUUUCAAAACUGCUGUGUAUGUGUGUGUAUUAUGGUAUUAUCACGUGAUGUAUAGUAGGUAUCAAGAUGUUUUGGAGCUAUCAAAGAGUUCAGGCCGUUACUCUGGUCCAUUCUAAUAACUUUUCUACUAUGUCGGGAGGUACUUUCUCCCCUUCUCCCUCAAACAGAAUGUACCCCCACUUGCUGAGCUUCGGAGACGAAUUUUUCUUCAGUUCGGCUUCGAACGCUUCUGCUGUUUCCUGGCUUGCAUCCUUGAGCAUAAAGCAACACCACGUAACUCUUCCUUGUUCCUUCCUCGUGAAGCUUUUGAUUGGGAAACUCCGGGCAACUCCGUCCAUCCACUUCAGUUGCGUGAAUGUGUUUUUGGGACACGGGGUGUCGGGACCACGACAGCACACCAACUUUGUCCCACUAAACCAGGCUGAUUUCUGGUCUUCAAACGACGUCGCUUGCACCGUUGCUAUUCCAUCGUCCCAACUGAUAGUGCAUUCAUG